CUCUCACAAGGUUUGGAGCAUUCCUGCUGGAAAUUGCAGACACUUUGUCUCUCCUUUCCCCCAAAACAGAACCAGAGGGUCCCUGAGCUCUCAAAGGAACCAGACAAGAAACCCGAGGGGGAUCAGAGCAGCUGUAAAUGGAACACACUGAGACCUGGAGCUAACAGAGUUCACAGAUUCCCACCUCUGGGGCUGGAAUUGCUGCUGUAAUGAUCAGUGCUGAGUGUGGGAGCCCAAAAAUUCAGCUGAGCUGCUUGGCAAGGCCGUGGCCGAAAAUUGUGACCAAUGAAGGUGAAUCCUUCAUCAAGGUAACAAUAAAAUACCAAUUGAAUCAGAAUAAAUAACGUGGAUAAAUGGAUAAUUUGUGUGGAUAAUUGCCCUGCUCACCUGGACUGCUCAGCUGGUUAAAAUCUCCCUGCUGUCUCUGUAUUUUAUUCCAGCAGUGCCCUCUGCUGAGAGCAUGGAAUGUGUGUCCCCAGAGCUUUUUUCCUCCCCCCAACUCUCAGGUAUUUUCAAUCUAAAUUCUCAAAAACCAUUUGCAUUUUAAAAGAUGGAGAAAGAAGAGCAACACUGGUGUUGGUACUGGUUUAUUAAUGACCAAGCCAGAUGAAAUAAACACAAAAUACCCUGUAGGAAAGGCAUGGUAGUGGGGCUGGCUGGGUUUUAGCUGUGUUAUCCUGGAAGAAUUCAGUGGGAAAAGGCAUUUUCUGGGCUCUUGGGGUCCAGGCUGGAGACACAGCACUGAUGUUUAUUUCAGCUCCCUCAGCCCUCCGAACCCACAAAACUCUGCUCCCCCUUUCCUGGCUCUCUAGUCCUUUAUGAUCGACUUAAUUUGCGAGUUAAAUUGAUUCACUUCACUCCAUUUGAGAACAUCCCUGAAGAAUUUUAAGCUGCAGGCGUCACCACCCAUCUGGCCAAGCCCUGGGCAUGUUUUGCUCUUGUCAAAGGUUGCUUCCAGCAGCUCAUCCGUGUGGGAAACGCGUUCUGCAGUUUGGGCUAUCCUAGCAACUGCCAGGGAUCGGCACAGCCCCCAGCUGGCAACCCAAAUAUUUAAAAACACGCCUGGUUAAAGUUUAACCCCCGUGACGAUGAUGAUGUGGCAGCAGGAGCUGCGCGUCAGGAGAGGAUCCGCGCCGGGGAUCGAGGUGGGAGCUCCUGGGGAGAAUGGGAUGAGCAGAGCCGGCCCCACGGAGCAGCUCCCACCAUGAAUGGCUUCCCAAACUGCUCUGCCAACCACACCAAGAUCUGGAGUCACUACUUGGUGCUGGCCCUGGGCAUCCCCCAGCUGACCAUCAACGUCGUCUCCAUCAUCUUCAACUGCACCGCCAUCUUCACCCGCCUGGCCACCAGGGACCUGCACAAGCCCAUCUCCAUCCUCUUCUGCAACCUGGCUGUCUCUGACCUCUUCACCAGCUUCUCCGGCUUCUGGAUUUCCAUGCUGUUCAUCACCAACCCUGACAUCACCAUCUUUGGCUCCCAGGAAAUGCUGGCUCCCUACUCCCUGUACACCACGUCCAUCCUGUCCACCAUCUACAACCUGGUGAGCAUCGGCAUCGAGCGCUACCUGGCCGUGGCCGAGAGCAUGAGGACGAGGUUCAGGGUGGCCAGGAACCACUCAAUCGCCGUGGUCUUCAUCAGCUGGGUCCUGGCUUUCUUCCUGGGCUGCCUGCCCCUGAUGGGCUGGAACUGCCUGCACGCGGAGAGCAACGUCUCGGUGCUCUACAGCCCCUUCUGCGUCAACUACCUCGUCUUCAUCGCCAUGCCCAACGUGGCCGUGGCCUUCCUCGUGCCCCUCUUCACCUACCUGAGGAUCAUCAUCAUCCUCAGGAAGAGGAAGCUGAGGAUGCAGGCGUGUGGCCAAGCCAUGGACACCUACAAGUCGGCAGAGACGCAGGUGGCCAGGACCAGCAUCUCCAUCUGGCUGCUGGCCCUGGUGUCCUACGCGCCCUUCCUGGCCGGCGUCAUCUUCGACGCGGCCAACCAGCGCUGCCACAGCGAGCUGUACCCCGGGGUGUACAUCUUCAGGAACUGCACGGCCAUGCUGAUCACCAUCACCUGCCUGGGCAACCCGCUGCUCUACACGCUGAGGCUGAGGGCGCUGGGGGCGCGGCUGAAGGCGCUGCGGGGCCUGUGGGCGUCCCGCGUGCGGGCCUGCGCCAUCGGCCACGUCUGAGCCCCGCUGUGGGGCUCGUGUCCCCACUCGUGUGUGCUCCGUCCAUGCUGGGUGUUCUGUGCCUUCACGGCUGGCUGUGGGAGCGAAACGGGGAGAAGGAGGAGCGCGGAGUUUGUUGGCAGGGAUGGCACUCCCUCCUCUGAAAGCAGCGCUCCUCCAUGUUCUGUGUUGUGAGGCACUGCCGGAGCAGAGCAGAGCGCUCCUUUGCUUUGGAGUUAGUUUAGCUAGCUGAGGCAGGGUUUUCCCUGGACUGUUUUUUUUUCCUUUCCCUUUUCUGGGAACUGUUGGGAGCUGUUCCAGACUGGGAGCCGGGGAGCACCGAGAGCUUGCACCUUGUGGCUGCUCUGGGCAGCGGCCAUGCCCAGUGCUGAGGGGCUGACAACAGAGAGACCCCUCAGGAGAGACUUUCUGAAUCUGUCAUCUCUAAAGAGCUGCAAAUGAGUUUUGUCAUCUGGUAUUGUUCAUUUUGUGUGUGCUGGGAGGUGCUUGGCCUGUUAAAUAAACAGGUUUUUUCCA